UCAACUUGUCUCUGUUGACUGAGUGCCACAGAGAAUCAUCAGGACAACCCGCCUCAUCAAUCCUUACGGCACUUGCGCAAAUAUUGCAGUAGCAGUCUAAUUCUAUUCAAAGCUGAGAGUCACGGCCAGAUGAGGUUCGGUCCUCGAAAUGCGUACUACUUGCGUAUAUCCGAACAUACCGUGCUCCCGCUCUACCUUUAUCUGGAUGAGCGACACAUAGAUUGGAUGUCCGAACGAGUGCUCCAACAUGUCCUGGAGGAUCUGCGUCCUCGCAUCCUUCCAAAGCUGAAAGAAGAGACAGACACACGGCCGCGAUCUGGAGGUCCACCGAAUGUGAAGAGAGGCACUGUAGACGUGCAUCGAGGCGAUGUGUAUCAAUUUGGCUACUUCUUCAGGGAGACUGACCCUCACUCAGUCCUCAUCAAGACACGAUACUUCGUGCCAGGACCUGAUCGACCCAGCAAAGCUACGCUACCGGAGGCAGCUUCUCCAUCUCCACAAAAGGGAAAGAAGCGAGUGUCGAGGAAGAAAGGCGUGAACCCUACCGUUGCGAAAAAGCAAAAGAUCAAAGGCAAGCAACGAGCCAGAGACUCCGACGAGGAUGAAGCAAUCUCGAUCUCCAGUGACGAGGAUGCGCAGGAUUCAGACGUUGAGGUAUUAAGCACCCCAGCAGGUACUCGGCGGAGAUCUGCGAGGAACAGAAAGGUCAUCGCUGGUGGUUAUAGGGAGGAAGACGAAGACGACGAUGUAGUCCUUCAGGAUCAAGACGUAGAAAUGGCUGCUGACAGGAGCACGGCUAAGAAAACGACAUCAUCAGGCGGCUCACCAAAUCCGCUUCAAGCCCUUGCGGAUGCCGACCUCAUAACCAUGGAUGAAUCGCAGACCGAAGGUGUCUCAAGAAUCUCCAUCAAACACGAAGACACGGAGCCCGUUCUCACAGGCAUGGACCUCGCGGAGGAAGUAGCUCAAGCUCAAGAGAUCUUAGACUCUACGUCGAAUGCAGGAUCACCCGCAGAGCCAGACUUAGCUGAAGAAGAAGAGGAGGAUAGAAAAAAGCUCCUCCUUCGGCUGAAGUACAAUGGCUUCAACAUCCACGGCAAGUGUCUCUGCGUGAUCGUGGAGCCGUAUCCACCUCUACGCUCAGGAACAAAGGUUCCUGUGCCAGCUCCCAUAUUCAGCGGCGGGGCAAGGGCAUCAAGCAUCGCACCUCCCGGUUUCGCUCCAAGCGAAGGUGUGGGUCAGAGAGCACGCACGCCGCUCUUUUUACCUGAAUACGACAGGGAGAGGAGUGUCACGCCUGCCCCCCUUCAAAGACAGAGAACGCUGCCACCUGUCCCGCUGUUCAACGAGCCCGCUCUGCACGAAGACAGUGACAGUGAUGACGGCAGCAUAAUGCAGUUUAGUCAGAUAUUGAGAUCUGUCGGUCGACAUCAGGGAGGAGCCAUAGAAGACGAUGAUGAGAUCGAAGGGGCAGUCUUGUUCGGGGAUGCAGACGAAACCAGAGAGUUGUAACGUUACCGAAGUAUGCAAGAACUCGUAUAGGACCUAAGACGACUAUAGAUACAUUAUGCGCGACCAAUCUCUCGUAAGAUUUCCACCUUCCUCGUCACUGAGACCUGCCUGAAGCCCGCAUUCACCAUCUCGAACGUUCCAUUGCCUCCUGACAACGCGCGUAGCCGAUCGGAAUAGUCUAGCAUCCGACUUAGGGGUGCCAAAGCGAAGAUCGAACGUUUGUACUGUGCGGACGAAGAGUCAUUUUCUGGUGUGUUCGCAGAGGAUGGAGAAAGCUCUUUCGGUGGGACGUAGACACCGUCUUCAGAGUAGGGCUCCAUCUCCUCCUCUGCAUCUAUCGCGCUGCCCGAACCUGUCGCCAAGUCGAGCACCUCGCCGCCGUGCUCGGUGAGAUCCUUCGCCACUUUGCCGACGGACUCUUCGUUGAUGGUGAUCUUCAGGCGAAUAUACGGCUCCAUCAGCGGUCCC